AUGGGCUCUCUCGAACAACCAAAGCGCAACUUUGCUUAUAGCAUCUACGUGUAUAAGAAAGCAGAUCAAGAUGAGCAGAGCCAUCACAACCAUAUUGAGAGCACCCACAACGAUGCUUCCGCCAAAGCAGACUUCAAGAAGCUGUUCCCUGACGCGCCUAGUGCCAUGUUACUGGAUUACGAUUCGGUCAUCUCAAUAAUCGUACCCAAUAUUGGGUGCAUAGAGAAAAUGCGUGACGAUCCUGACUUUUUGGGCAAGUUCAUCCCUGACCAUUUUAAUUUCGCUGAUAUGAGCCGGAGUCGCUGUGUUGUGGGAUGGGCAGAGCACUAUACGUUCUAG